AUGUCUCCCACCGCCGCUGGACCGGCUCUCUCAGGGCGACUCUUCGCAACUACAUGCCGCAAUUGCCGAUUCCAAUUAUCCUCAUCCGCGAUUAAACGUGCCGAGAUCUCGCCCAGCAAGAACGGGAUUGCAAGCCGAAGAUAUAUCUCUGCACCCUAUGGAUACACACAAGCCAAGGCGCUGGUAUAUUCGAAAUACGGUGAACCCAAAGAUGUUCUAAGUCUGCACAGCCAUUCCAUUUCUCCCGCCUACUCCAACCAAGUCACCAUCCGCUUCCUCGCGUCGCCCAUCAACCCCGCAGACAUCAACCAAAUCCAGGGCGUGUACCCGUCCAAGCCCGCCCUGUCACAGGCCAUCGGCACCGCGGUCCCGUCCGCCGUCGGAGGCAAUGAAGGCGUCGCCGAAGUCGUCGCGGCCGGGUCGGGCGUCAAAUCCGUGCGGCGCGGCGACUGGGUGAUCAUGAAAAAGACCGGGUUCGGGACAUGGCGGACACACGCGCAGACCGACGAGGCGAACCUGUUCAAGAUCGAAGACAAGCAGGACCUGACCCCCUUGCAAGCCGGCACGGUCUCUGUCAACCCGUGCACCGCGUACCGCAUGCUCAAGGACUUUGUGCCCCUGCAGCCGGGGGACUGGUUCAUCCAGAACGGCGCCAACAGCGGCGUCGGGCGCGCGGCGAUCCAGCUCGGCCGCUCGUGGGGGCUCAAGAGCAUCAACGUGAUCCGGGACCGGCCUGGUGGCGGCGUCGAGCAGAUGAAGCAGGAUCUCCUCGACCUGGGCGCGGACCAGGUCGUGACGGAUACAGAGCUCAUGGAGCGGGGGUUCAGUGACCGCGUCAAAGAGUGGACGAAUGCCGGGCGCGAGAAGCUUGGGCUGGGGCUUAACUGUGUGGGAGGCAAGAAUGCCACGGCCGUGGCGAAAGUCUUGUCCCCCGGUGCGCAUCUCGUCACGUAUGGCGCCAUGUCGAAACAGCCGGUCCAGCUCCCCACGGGCUUGCUCAUUUUCAAGAAUAUCUCGUUUGAUGGCUUCUGGGUCAGCAAGUGGAGCGAUGCCCACCCGGACGAAAAGUACAAGACGGUCCAGGAUAUCCUGCACCUCACGCGCACCGGACAGUUCAAGGAUGUGCCCUUCCAGGAAGUCAACUGGGAUUGGGAUACCCCGUUGGAUACCCUCAAGGAGGCGGUCCAAGGGACGCUUGAGGGGUUCCGGCAGGGUAAAGGUGUGUUUGUCUUUGGCGAGACGUAA